AUGGCGUCUUCACUCUUCGCCCGUUCUGUCGUCAACAAACGCAUUUCAUCUACAUUUACUCGCAAGUCGCUUCGACCUUUUGUUGCAGCGAGAGGUGUAGCAGAUACUGCAUACGUUCCUGGCGGUCCAAUUUACAAGGGUACCGUUAACGACCCUACUACUUUCCCACCGCCUUCGAAGACGCAUGGGUCUUACCACUGGGCAUUUGAACGCCUGCUGUCUGCCGGCCUCGUUCCUCUCACCGUCGCUGCGUUCGCGACUAGCGGUAGCAGCUACCCGUUGCUGGAUGGAAUCUUGGGCGUGAGUCUGGUCAUGCACAGUCACAUCGGGUUCGACUCCAUCUUGGUUGACUACCUUCAUCCGCGCAAGUUCCCCGUUCUUGGCCGUGUGCUCACGUGGACUCUUCGUGCGGCGACUGUCACUGUCCUUGUUGGCGUCUACCAAUUCAAUACUAAUGAUAUUGGAUUGACCGAGUUGAUCGCGAAAGCAUGGCACGCUUAG